AUGUCUCCUGUUUGGCUUGGAAGAAUAUGUGUGGUCCUGCUGCUGUGCAGGAUUGUGGCAUCAAGAAGCCGUAGCAGAUCAAGUCGAAAGAAACGAGAGUGGAUUCUUCCACCAACAAGACUGUUUGAGAAUGUUGACUACAGAAAAGAAGAGUAUGUGGCAAAAAUCCGGUCUGAUAAAGAUCUUAAUGGGCAAAUGGUGGAAUAUGGACUAAAAGGUCAUGGUGCUGACAAGGCACCCUAUAAUUUGUUUCUUAUCAAUCCUGAGACUGGCUUUGUCAGAAUAACCGACUUGCUUGACAGAGAGAAAACAGCCUUAUACAAUCUGACUGGAAUAGCAAAAUUCCACAAUGGAUCAAUCGCUGAGGAAAACAUUGAGCUGAAGAUUAAGGUUGAUGAUCAGAAUGAUAACCCACCAAAAUUCAGAUUACAAAAGGGAGCUGUGAAGGAAAGCAGCAAGAUCGGAACACCUGUCAUGCAGAUAACAGCUACUGAUGCAGACGAGGAAGGCACCAUUAAUUCCAAAAUAGCAUAUAGUAUAGUAAAACAAACACCAAUGGAAUCUGGUAACAUGUUCUCCAUCGACAGAGAUACUGGGAUGGUCUAUGUAAAGGAAAAAUCCCUGGAUCGAGAGAGACAUGACACAUAUACUUUAAUAGUUCAGGGGGUUGAUAUGAAUGGAGCCCCAGCUGGCAACACAGGGACAGGCACAGUUCAAAUAAAAAUUUUGGACAUAAAUGACAAUGUACCCACUCUUGAGAAGGAGGAGUAUUCAGGCAGUGUUGAUGAAGGUGUGGUUGAUGUGGUCGUCAUGAGAAUAAAAGCGCAGGAUAAUGAUCUGAAAUUCUCUGAUAACUGGUUGGCGGUUUUUGAUAUUCAAAAAGGAAAUGAAGAUGAUCUCUUCACCAUUGAAACUGACCCUAAUACGAAUGAAGGGAUUCUAAAACUUGUCAAGCCUGUAGAUUUUGAAAAGGUGAAAGCAUUGGACCUCAGCUUGCUUAUAUCAAAUGUUGCUCCUUUUAUAAACGGAAGCGCUUUAGAGUUAGACAUGGGUCUGGACAUGGGUGGACUAGGGGCUGGAGCAGGCAUAGGGGCAGGGGCUGGGCUGGGUGCAGGAGCGGGAGCCGGAGCUGGAGUUGGGGUAGGGUCAGGUGUGGGAGUAGGUUUAGGGGUUGGAGUGGAUCUUGGGGUGGAUGCUGGAGUGGAUUUGGAUGCUGGAGUGGAUCUGGGUGCUGGAGUGGAUGUUGGAGUAGAUGCAGGUGGUGGGGCUAAACCUGAUAUUGGGAUUCAACCUAAACCUGGAACUAAGCCUGGAACCAUGCCUGGCCCCUCACCUGGUGCCAAGCCAGGCGUCAAACCUGGGACAAAACCAGAACCAAACCCUGGCUCCAAACCUUCUGGCAAACCGGAAAAAACAAGUGGGAAAGGUUACCCAGUUAAGAUCAGUGUCAACAACUUACCUGAUGGCCCUAGCUUCUCCCCUUCCACAAAAGACUUCCCUGUGUCAGAGGAUCCUGGUAAUGCAGAAAUUCCAAAAGUGCUGGGCACAUUUGCUGCUUUGGAUGGUGACACUGGAGAACCAGCUGAAAAUGUGAGGUAUGCUAAAGGUCAUGACCCUGAUAACUGGAUAACCAUCAAUGAGGAGACAGCUGAGAUUAAACUGGCAAAGUUUCCUGAUCGAGAAUCUAAAUUUCUUGUCAAUGGAACUUACAUCGCAAAGAUUAUCUGCUUGACUCAAGAUGUGCCACCUAAGACUGCUACUGGGACAAUAGCAUUGAAGGUGGAGGACUCCAAUGACCACUGCCCCACACUGACCAGCACCUAUCAACAAGUCUGUGAUGAUACUCAAGUGGUGAAUGUCACAGCUUACGAUAAGGAUGUUCAUCCUAACGCCGCACCUUACGAGUUUGUUCUGAUAGAGGAGGAGACUGUGGGAAAAUGGGAGAUGGUACCUAUAAAUGGGACAUCAGUGAGCUUUCAUUCACAGAAGACUCUGUGGCCAGGCAUCUAUGAAAUGGCAGUGAAAAUUUCUGAUGUUAAGGGUCUGGCCUGUAAAGAUAACCAAAAGUUGUUGGUAGAAGUUUGCAGCUGUGAGAAACAUGGCUCCUGUGGUCCAAGGCUAGCCGCAGAGCAUUCCUCUCCUUUAAACAUUGGAGCACCAGCCCUUGGAUUAUUCCUCAUCAGCCCAUGUUUACUCCUGAUGAUACCCUUACUCCUGAUAUUCUGCCGGUGUGGGACAAUGGGGGAAUUUACAGAUUUGCCCUUUGACGCUAAAGAACACCUCAUCCCAUAUCACACUGAAGGCAAGGGGGAGGAUAAGGAGGUUCCACUUCUCAGCAGUCCUCUUCCUACAACAGACCAAAAGACCCUGUGGCAGGAUAGCAAGGAUUCCAACAAAGUAUGCUCGAUGCCUAUGUCAAUUGUUGCUAAUGAAAGCAGAACACUCAAACAGGAAAGAAAUGGAGGUUUUUCAGAAUCUGACGGCAGGUUUUGGCCCCGACAAAGCACCAUUGCAGCCAACUGGUGCAGCAGCACUAACUACUCUACAUCACUAAGGCAUGAAAAGAAUGACAUUUAUGAGGAUAUGGCACUGGCUGACGAGUUUCUAAAUGAAUACUACUCACAGAAAGCAAGUUGUGCUGCACACAACCCUCCUCUGGUAGAUGGUCUUCUGGUGUAUGAGCAUGAGGGUCAAGGAACCCCUAAUGGCUCUGUUGGCUGGGGCAGUCUCCUUGAGUCAGAUGAUGACCUGGAGUUCCUGAAUAACUUGGGUUCAAAGUUCCUUACAUUAGCAGAGAUAUGCCAUCCUCCAAAACUUUGCUCACCUCCACCCAAAAUUGAGCAAAGUGUCAAAUCAGUAGAAGCAAGCUUCAAAAGUGAGAGUUCUGUCACCACUAGCACUCUCCAGAUUACCAAAACCUCUCCAUCUCCACAACAGGCACAGCAAUGCUCCAUUACCGAAGUUAAGGAGACAGUCCACAAAUCAGCCACCCUUCCGAAUGCCAAAGCAAAUCAGACCAUUUUUGUGCAGCAGCAGCAGCCUAUGUUCUAUCUGGUGGAGCAGCAAAUUCCUAGCAAGUUUCUACUAGCUGAGAGUCAAACACAGGGUUUGUAUGUGAUAAAUGGGAAGCCUGGGAUGGAAGGUUUGGUACUUCAAGGUGUAAAUAUUUCACAGCCAACUCUGAGCAGAGGACAACAGGCACUGUAUGUGAUAGAUGGAGCCCCUAUGUCUCCUAAGCAGACAGUACAGGUGAAAACAGCAGUGCAGGAAAAGGAAUCUGUGCUAGGAUUUAGCCCUGUCUCAUCUCCCAUCGGAGCGACUGGGGGUGUAGUGUUAAUGCAGAAUCUGAUCAGCACAGAGAAAGCAGUGCAGGGGGAGUUCAGCAGAACACAAAUGGUGCUUUCUGAUCCUAGAGCAUUGGGCAAAAAAUAA